AUGACGGAUGUUUUCGAUCGGCCCCCUGACGACUACAGCAAAUCCAGAGGUAUUCAAAUUACCAUGAUACCCACGGAAAGAGAGGGUCGGCAGCCGGAAGAGGCUGACGGUAGACUGCCUGAGCAGCAUGCGCGCUCUUCUUCGAAGGUGCACGAUGGAGGACACUGUACGGAGGCCGGUGACAUGGUAGACUGGUCGAGAGAACAAGCGAUAGCAAAUCAGAGGAAUGAUAAGCAUGAAAAUUUUCUGAGUUCCGGCGGGCGGGAAGACGCCCUUCCGUUCGCGUGCGAGGAAGACAUGCCUGAAGGAGGCCUUCAAGCCCACGACGAAGCGGAUAAUCGAGCAACCGAAGCAAAACUGGGAUCUUCUCUGUCGUCUUUCUCUUCUUUAGAGGAGGCGUUUUUGACCAGCUUGGAUGUCAUAUCAUCCCUCAGAGACGCAGUUACACUGCUAUUGAGAGCUCAAGGUGUACCAACUGAAGGGGAAGGACGGCACCAACAGCUGAAUGACUACGAACAGAACGUAUCAAGGAAACAGGCAAUGGAUGUCAUGGUCAGCACAGGCGCAUUCAGUUGCCACCCACAAGCAUAUGAAUCGCUUCUGAAAACUGGCGAGAGAACGAAGGGUGGCAAGCGGUUGCCCGGAGGAGAGAGCCCAGGCAUUGCAAAUUGCGUGGGCAUUAUAGCAGACGAACAUAUGUCCCGUGAGGAACACGCUGGAGCCGUAAAGGCAGACAGAAGAGAACAUCCAUGUCUGACCGAGACAGUACAGGACAAAAUAAGCUCUUCAAGACACCCCGCAGGUGAACAAGAACGUAGAAGAGGAACACUCGAGUGCUGCACCCACUCUUUGAACAGCGACUAUGAGUUGUCAAUUUGCAAAGCACUUCUUAUGCUGCAGCAUAUCGGUGGUCCGGAAGAAAGCAAGCCUAUGGGAGUGGAUCCGCCGCUUGGCGGAUUUCCACUUUUGUCACAAGAACGUGGCUCGUUUCCUCUCGGCGUUGUCGACGAUGGCGGGCCCGCGCACCUCAGACAGGGAAGACAGCGCAGUCCCGAGUUGGAACCGAUAGCAACACAACCACUGUCACAACACCUGAGAACAACCACAGAUGGAGCAGGUGACAGGCAUGCCGGUGCCGAAGCAUGUUGCUCCAGCUUUGACCAGUUGCAAGCCAUGAGAAUCCGAGGGAAGGCAGGAGACGGGGCGCCGGCAUCCGACUUGGGUCUAUCAUUUGCCUCAUUCACCUUGGAUAAAAUGAAGAAUUCUGUAGAUCAAUCGGAGACAAAAAAGCAUGUUAGAACGGUGGACUUGAUGCAAAUGUUAUUGAAGGUUAGAUUACUUCGACAGGCCCAUCUGCUACUCCGAGCGGACGUGCUGGUGAUGCGGAAACAGCAGGGGCUACAGCAGGAGAGACUUAACAGAGCCCUCCAAGCGGCUGUCAAAAGGCAUGAGUCAGAGAGAGAUUCUCUCCUAUGCAGACUCCAGAAGCUGGCCUCAUUGUUGCAAAAGAAGUGA